CCUGUACUAAACUUUGAUGUUUAAUUUUCCCCCCAAAAACCGUCAUUUGACAAUUCAAAUCAGCGAUCUGUUUUAUGCCGCUUCAAGUUUGCUGCAGAACGACGAAACCGUAUCACACUCUGUGUGAUUGAUUGGAAAAAGUGAAAAUUGCCCCAAACACACCUUUGCACGUUUGAUUUACGCAGUGAAAAACGUAGCUUUCUUGCCGAAGUACAAGCAAGCAGUUACAUUUAUUGACUUUUGUCGCACAAAGCGAUGCGACCAGCUGGUCAAAGGUAAACAAGCAAGUGUAGCACCGAAUCUAGAAGUUACAAAAACUCGCACGCACCAUGAACAGCCAACUGUUGGCGGAUCAGCAACUGGCCAAGCUGUACUUUGUGCUGCGUACAGGCCACGGUUCCCAUGAAAAUGCAUCUGAAGACAUGAAAAUGGCUUACACGACGGCACGGGAACACAACGACAACGAGGAGCUGCAGGGCUGGAUCACCGAGGAGGAGUGUCUCAAGAUGGACGAGCAGACGCUGACCAAGCGGCAUGUGUUUGUGUUCGAAAAGUUCACCGGGACGGCGUUCGAGCACGCGCGCAAAUCGCCCUCGACCGUGAUCGGGCCGCGGUGUCUGAUCAGCUGCUUCAUGGACAACGAGACGAUACCGCUCGGCGUGCAUCCGGUGUACACGACGGCCAUGCGCAACCUGACCGUAUGCAGCAGCGGCCUGAAGGCGAAGGAGAAAACGCUCGUCAGCCAGCUGGUGUGCCACAUGGGCGGGUACUAUCUGGACGUGCUGAACGCCAGCUGCACCCAUCUCGUGUCCUCCACGGUAAAGUCGGUCAAGUACGAGAAGGCGGCCGAGUGCAAGCUGCCCAUCAUGCACCCGGACUGGGUGAGCGCCGUCUGGGAGGAAAGCCAGCGGCGCGAUCUGCACGCAACCGAGGCGGCCAUGGUCGAGAAGUACCGGCUGCCGGUGUUUUACGCGCUCACGAUCACGUCGACCGGGUUGAGCGCGGCGAGAAAGAACGAAAUCAAAGCGCUGAUCGAAUCGCACGGCGGCAACUACGUCGGGUCGUUCAAGUCGGAAACGACCGACAUACUGAUCCUGGAGAAGACGGGCACCGAUUCGGCCAAGUUCCGCGGUGCGGUACGGUGUAACAAGGAGUGUCUAACGCCCGAGUGGGUGGUGGACAGUGUGGCCAACGGGUACGUGCGGCCGAUCCAGCCGUACGAGGUGAAAAGCAUGAAAGCUUCCACCCCGACGAAGGACGAUGGGCGAGCGUGUGGGUCCGCCGGUGCGGUCGGUGUUCGCAUUUCGGCCGGUGAAUUUAAUCCCGACUGUACGCAGCUGUCGGAGAUUUCGCACGCCAACUUUUCCUCCCGCAACGAAACCAUCAACGAAAGCAUGAUGAGUGGGGGAGUGGCGGAUGUAGCACCGGCGGGGAGUAGCUCGUCCGUCGCUCGCCCCGUGGGAAGCCAGCGGUACCGGGAGGUGCUGGCGCGCCUGACCGUACAGCAGGCCAAAAAGGCCGGACCGGUGCUGGAUGGGUGCAGCGUGUUUUUGAGCGGAUUUACCGCGGAGGAGAAGGAAAAGCUGAACAAAAUACUGAACGCAGUUGGCGCUGUGCGGUACGAUGAGAUAGCCAGCACCGCCAUCAGCCACGUCAUCGUCGGCGAGCAGCACGUGUCGGAGUUGAGCAAGUUGCGCGAUUCGGCCGCCCACCUGCUGACGCUCGAGUGGUUGGCGAAAUCGAUCGAGCUGCGCCAGCUGGCCCCGGAGGACGCGAACGAGUACACGUUUCAACCGUCCGGGAAGGGCAUUAUGAUGGAGCGCGCACCGGAACCACCGUCCCCGUCGAGCAAGAAGAACCUGCAGCGCAUGAAUAGUAGCGUGUUCAAGCGACCGGAUGUGCCGAAAUUCCGCCUAGAGGAAGCGACACCGCCGGAACCGGGCAAGGCGGCAACGGUGGCACCGGCGCCAAUGCAACCGGCCGCAGCCAAGCAGCCGAGCGAACAGGACUCGAUCAUGCUGCAGUACAUGGAGAAGAACAUGGCCGAACGGUUACCGGCGGGCGAACCGAAACCGGCCGCUGGACUGCCCCCGUCGUCCUCGUCCAGCAGCAGCGCGGUGAGCCAGCUCGACUCGGAGAUGGAGUCACAGCUGCCGGAGUUUAUGCUUGGCAAGACGCUGUUUGUGUUCGGCUUCUCGGAGGAGGACGCCGUGCAGAUCCUGUCCGACUGCAAGGAGUGCGGCGGUACGAUCGUGGACGAAAGCUACACGGACGAGGUGGACUACAUAGUGCUGCCGACGUCCUGCAUCGGCACGCCGGACUUUGCCAUAAGGGGGAAGCAAACGGUCAACUGCAUUUGGCUCGAAAACUCGAUCCAGAGCGGCCAGUGCUGCCCGAUGGAGUACUACUACGAGCCGAUCAUCUACGGCGAGGAUGAUCCGACACCGCUGGAAGGGGAAACGGUCGUGAUCAGCUCGUACUCCGGGCCGGAGCGUGAGUUUCUGAUCGCGAUGGGGAAGCUGCUGGGCGCGUGCGUCCAAGAGCGGCUGGUAAGGAAGGCCGCUCCACUGCUGGUGUGCAAGGAGCCAAGCGGUGCGAAGUACAAUGCAGCCAUUCAGUGGGAGCUGACCGUGGUUCGUGCCGAGUGGCUGCGGGAGUGUACGCGCCAGAAGCGCCGGGUGGCGGAAAAUCCCUACCUGGUUGGGGACGCGAUCUGCUCGGCGAAGAACGUGGCCGUCGGGGCGGGUGCGUGUCUUCCCAUGACGUCGACCGACGAUGUGGACAUUGAUUCCGUGCGCGAGGAGGCACGCAUCGGCGAACCCGCGAGGGAAGAGGAGCUUUCGAUGCAUCCGCAGGCAUCGUCCACGAUGAAACCCGUGCCCAAGACGACGGGCGACCAGUUCCGGUACAUUACGGUGCAGAAAACGCGCGAAGAGACGGAGUACGGGUUCACGCGUCUGUCCACGCCCCAGCUGCGGCAGCUGACCAGCGGCGAACGGAUGCAGUACUCGCAGGAGAUGGAUCAGUACGAGGAGCUGAUGAAGGCGCAGCGCGUCCAGCGGAAACCGUUCGAUCCGAACGAGGGCAGCGUCUACGGUCAGGUUGCUGCGGAUUCUCCCGCCGCCGGGGAUGUGCUGCGUACGCGCCGGUUUACCGCCAUCUCGGAGGAAAGCCGUGGUUCGUCCUCAUCCCGCUCGCCCAUCACACCGGUCGCCGGUGCCGGUGCUGGGGCGGCGGGAAGCAGCACCAACGUGACACCGGUCGGUGCGGGCUUUGAUUACGAAGCGCUGAGCGUUACCCAGCGCGUGAUUGAGUUCGAUACGCCCGUCCGCAACACGCUGUACAAGGUGCUGAAGGAGGCGGAAGAGGUCGAACGGAACAUAACGCCCCGAACGCGGCGCGUGAAGGAGCUGCUAGCGACACCGCACGGUGGUGGCCCAGGGGCGGGCGGGGACGGCCACAUCCGGACGCCGACGUUGCCCGACUGCAUGACGAAGCCGGUCACACCGUACGGCUUCCGGCCGGACGCCAGCCCGGACAAUCACGCCUACCACAAGCGCAAGUUGCAGUAUUGGGAUCGCUACCACAAACCGUCCACCAGCAACACCGCCGGUACGGCGAGUGCAGCCGGCGGCCCAUCCGAUCCGGUGGGCGACGAGACGGCUUCACAACGGGCACGCCGCCUGAGCACGCCGAUCAGCGAGAUAAAGCGUCGAUUCUAUGUGGAAAAGUUUGGCGAAGAUUACGUGAACCACGUGGAGUCCAAGUGCUCGACGAUGCCGCGCAAGACGCUCGAUUUGAACCGUUCCGGGGAGGAAACGGAUGAGGAAAUUGCGAGCACCGCUCCACCGCCGCCGGCGCCGCCGCAGUCGAGGAAGAAUGGUGGCUCCCCACCAACCACGGUGGCCACGGGCGGAGGAGAGCGUUCGGCUGACACGUCCACCAUCUCGAGAGGAUCACUCGAUCGGGGCAAUGUCAGUGCGGAUAAGCGGUCGCGCAGCGAGCUCGAGCAGGAGGAGGACGAUUACGGCGAUCCAAACGCGACAGCCGACAGGUGCCGCAGUCCGGCGGGCGACGGAACGGAUCUGCAACCGGUGGCCAAAAAGCCGCUGCUCAAUGCGGCCAAGGGCGAUGCGUUCGUCCAGCGGCUGAGCGACGUCAUUGCGGCCGCCAAAGAGUCGGCCAAGAAGAAGGCGAAAUAUCAGCUGGAAGCAGACACGGAACAGCAACCGACGGAACCGUACACCGAGAUAGAUUACGAUACGGAAGUCAAUGUGGGGGGUGUCGUUUGGCGCGAGCGGGACAUUGAAAAUAUACAAGCGAACGAAUCGCCGAAACCGAAAGCGUCGAAAGCGUCCGCCAACGACAAGAAGGAAAGCCCGGCACGGGGAGGUAAUCCGCUCGCGAUGAAGCACCGCGGUACGCCCGUCUUUGCCAUCUCGGGCGUACCGGAGCAGGUGCGGCUCGAGCUGGCGAAAAAGAUCGAACAGCUCAAAGGGGAGCUGGCGUCGGACCCGAACCGGUACGAUCCGGCCUGCACGCACAUCCUGUGCGGCAAGCCGAACCGUGGCGAAAAGAUGCUGUCCGGCAUCGCGGCGGGCAAGUGGUUGCUCUCUACCAAGUAUCUGGACGACAGCUUCGAGGCGGGAUACUUUUUGGAUGAAGAAUGCUACGAAUGGGGCAACCCGAAAGCGGUGGGCAAGCUGACCGCCCUUGCGUCGGCCGGUGAUCUGGAAACGGCCGCCGCUGCGUACACGUGGCGAACGCGCAUCGCGAACGAUGUGGGCAAACAGGACGGAGCGUUCACCGGGUUCCGGGUGCUGCUGGUCGUCCCGAAGAAGGACCAGUUCGUGCGGUUGCUCCAGUCCGGCGGCGGUUACGUGCUGGACGUGGAUCCACCGUUCAUCCACUCGGAGCGGGCGAUGGCGGCCACUCACUGCUUCGUCGACCGGAAGGCGAAGCUGUCGAGCGAAGACCAUCGUGCACUGGCCGAGGCCGGCAUCGCGGUACUGUCGAUCAUGUACCUGAACGCGUACCUCACGUCGGAGCAGCUGCCCGAUCCGAACAAAUAUCAGCUUCCGAUCUAGGCGCGUGUCGUGCACGUGACCGAUCGCGGUGUUUUUUUUUUUAUUAUUAAAAGGUAGAUUAUUUGUCUUUCUAAUUGCAUUUGCUUUAUUUUCUUUCCACUCCAUUGCAUAUAAAUUGAAUUGUGUAUACCCCUCGGGGGAACAGUCCAUCUUUAAUGGCGCUUCUGAUGAACUCAAAGCAGAGCUUAACGAUUACCUUCGUACAAUAUUUGUUUGGAAUAAAGCAACUCGGUUUCACCGUAUA